AUGGCAGCUAAUGGAGAUAACCCUCCUGGCCGCGUGCCUGGAAAUGGAUGGAAGCCCGCAGAGCCAGCCUCGUCCAUCCUUGCGGCACAUUUCGCCCCGCGUCUCGCAUCCCAAGGGCACGAAGCGCAGCAGCGACUGUCGCGAGACACCUUUUCUCAGCUUCGGCAAGAACUUCUCGGUGAGAAACAUAGCCAGAUGCGUGUUGAUGAAGGUAUUACCGAUAUCAACAAAUUAGUAUGUAUUGUUCUCCAGGCCGGCUUGGAAGCUAGUCCGACCAGCAGCGCCUCGGAAGAGGAUCUGGAAGGGCAGGUUUUUGAUUGUCUGGAUAUCAUUCAAGCAAGCAUCGAAAAAGCCCCACAGGCUCUGUGGGACAUUUCGGAUCCGCUUAUACUGGGAGAGGAAGUUCAAGCGCCGUUGUUUGCAUGGUUGAUCCUUCGACUGAUCAGGUUAGCCUGCAUCUGGCAAUCCGAAGCUAUUCAGGACAAAAUUCGCCUGGUAUUCACUAGCAUCGCUUGUUUGCAAUACAAACAAGCUCUUUCAUCUCCUUCGCUUAAUGGCAUCUCGAUAUUCCUCCGAAUUUGCACAUCGGAUAUCUUAUGGUCACUGGAAACAUCUCGGGUUCAUGACUGGCAAAAUGUUCGCCUCGUGAAGAUGUCCAUACCAGCAUCCAGCGGGUCUCUUCUUACGGAAUUGGACCAUCUACACCUUCCUCGCGGUUUACUGGGAAGAAGUCUGGCGCUGGGUACUCUCUCCCAGGCAUUCAAACUCGCAUUAAUGUUACUGGACUCGUUCAGCCCCAAGACGACCAUUGAAAGCCUGGAGAAGCGCCGAGUCCUUAUUCUUCGCCAGAAUCUCUCUUGGGUAAUUAACGGAUACAAUCGUCUACGAAAAGUAUUAGUCAAAUGGCUACAGACUGCACGCUCGAAGUUGACCUCAGACGAAGAGGAAACCUGCCUUCAACUCCUAGCAUCUAUCCGCCGUCUCUGUGUGCCUAGGUCAACUUCACCGGCUCUGCCGUCGGACAUGGGCUUGGCUUCGACCUGGGCUCAAUGUUUAAGCGACCUAAUCUAUCCAAGCAUUAGCCAUUCAUUUCUUGCAAUGCAAGUGGAGAUAAGUAACUAUCUAGACGAAUUCGUGCAAACAACUAGACAGUCCAAUACAUCCGCCCAGCUGCUGAGGGAAAUAAUCCUGCCGAUCCUGGCAGAGAUCGAGGACCGGGAUCUUGACCUGCAGUCAAUGGAUUCUUGUCUUUGGGCAUCUCUUCAAUCCCUUCGUGCUGAGCUGUUGGCCACAUCAAUAUCUGAAAGACGCUCCUUGGCGGUCACAUCAGAGGCUCUGGUUGAAGAAUUGUCCCUUGCCAGUCAGAUACCUGAUGUGACGGGUCAAAGAAAAGAGCAGAACAAUGAAACACGCGCAUCAAAGCGGAUCUGCCUUUCUGUUGAGCCCUCAGGCCAGGAUCUUCAACAGAGUUUAACGGCAACCCUCUCUUCGCUACUGGGCCAUGAUCGUAUUGAAAGCUUGACAGACUUACACGCUGCCAUUCAGAGCUCAUUCGAGAGCCUACCUGAACCCCACAAGGUGGAGAUCCUGGAAUUAAUGGGCAAGGUUUCCUGUUCCGUGACGAAGAAUUUGGUGCAGAAGCCAUCGGAGAUUGGAACGCGGGAGACCCUCUUUUGUCACGUCUGUGACGAUGAACAUCUCCAGCCUGGAAUGCUUCCGGAGAAAGAAACGCCUCAGUUCGAGGAAUUGUGGUCAAUAUUCAAUUUCAUAUUGCCAAAACUUACACGCACGCCUGGCCCACGCAUCGCUGCUAUGGUGGCUUUAAAGAGAAUUCUCAUGCACUCUCCUGGCUCAAACCAGAUGCACCUUUCAUCAUCUACAGCUGGAGAAUUCUGCCUUCAUUCCCUUCGCAGCUCUAUCCGAGAGCUUCGGAUCGCGACCGGACUUUCAAUGGUAGCAUUUGUGCGUUCAAAUCUCCAGCCGGACAUCCGCCGGGCAAAUUUUGUCAUUGUCUUGGAAUGGUUGAAAAACCUCUCGGAGAAAGAUGACAUGCCUUUGCAGGAAACCUGCGUUCUGACAUUGUGUCGACUUGCCAGUGCUUCAGAAGACGAAGAGAAAAACAUUAUUCUCCUUCGUCUCUUGGAAUAUCUCGGUCAUCCGAAUCCCUAUGUCUGUGCAGUUGCGUACAAUGAGCUGUCUAAACUUGCGCAGCAAUCUGCAUUGACUCCUGCUGGCUUGUUUCGGCCCUAUUGGAGGACUCUAUCCGUGGUGGUCGUCAAAAACCUCCAGACUCGCCCAUACAUGGCAGAGCAGCUUUGCGAAUUGCUUGGGAUGAAAGUUGAUGGCUUCCUUCGCUUGACAGAGGUACAUGUUCUCCCGUACUUGGUUCUAACCCGGAAGCGGGACAUCAUUUGCAGAAUUGGGGCAAGUCGCAAUGAAGGUGAAUCGCCAUUUGAUGUCUGCUCCGAAAAGAACAACCUCGCUGCGAUCCUUGCUUUCCUAUUGUCUCAGCAAUCGAACAACCCGGAGGCGAUGAUCAUGUCUUUAUUAGCUGAGAUAGAUCCUGCUUUCAAAAGUCGAACACUAGCCGAUCUGGUGCGGAUUGAGCCGAUUCUCAUCGCCUGUGACUUACUCAAGAGUCUCGGGGAUGCUGGAGAGCAGAACAAGGAGAGAUUUCAUCAAGCGCUAAGCCGCCUGGCCACAUUCGUUCCGCGGAAGUGUGCUCAUGGAAGUUCUUCCAAAAAGACAGACUUGUUGAGCCACUUUAUUGAGGAGCAUGUUCUUGGCAUCAUCACUCAAUUUGCAAAUGCGAUCAACGAUUUCCAAGUGAGACAAACCUUGGCGGAAAAAAGGCGAAAUCUCAAGGCCAUAGAAGAGAUGAUCAACAUCGCUCAAGGCCAUGUUAGCAAUGCGUUGCCCCAAGUCUGUGCCUGUCUCCGAUCAGCACUUGAUAUUGAGGAGCUUUGCGACCAUGCUUUUGCAGCCUGGAAGACCUUGAUCGGCUCGCUUAGUGAAGAGGACAUUGAGCCGCUCAUCGACCAGACAUUGGCGAUUGUCAUCAGGUACUGGGAUAGAUUCACGGAAGAUAGUCGAAUUCAUGCCUAUCAGCUCAUUGACCAUAUUUUGACGAAUCAUCCGAACUUGGUACGGGAUACUUUCAACACCAUGCCCUCUCUAGCUUCGAUUCCUGAAAUGACAUCUUUCGAAGCCAAGAUCAACGAGUUGAGGACGCAAAUGGACGUUCGAAGCCAGUUCCUUGCCCUCAUCCGGCGCUGUCAAAGUGAGAAUGCCACAGUUGUUGAGCAGGCUCUGGAUGAACUACUGCCUUUUCUGUCAGGAAACGAGGAAUUCUUGCAUGUUUCUGUUCUCAGCGAGCAGCCAGAUCCUGUGAUCGCUCAAUUAACGAGGGCGCUGCUUGACUGCUGUGUGAAAUUUAACACCAGUUCGGACUCAAUCACUCUGCUGUCCUCGCGAUGUUUGGGUCUCGUCGGAUGUCUUGAUCCGAACCGAGUAGAGACAGUCAAGGAAAAGAGGGACAUUCUUGUUCUGUCAAACUUUGACCGAAUGGAAGAUACGGUAGAAUUCGUUCUGUUCUUCCUCCAGCAUGUCCUAGUUGAGGCUUUCUUGUCAGCAUCUAACACCAGGGCUCAAGGAUUCUUGGCUUAUGCCAUGCAAAAUCUUCUCAAAAUUUGCAAUCUGAACACAGCAGUGACUCAGCGGAAUCGAGAUUUUGAUCAGGGCGACGAGAAAUAUCAGCGGUGGAUAGAGCUUCCAGAAAGCGUCCGAAACACUCUCACGCCAUUCCUAACCUCUACUUACACAGUCACUGUUGUCGGAGCUACCUCCAAGGUUAUAUAUCCUUUGUUGAAUACCAAAAUGACCCAUAGCGAGUGGCUUCGAACGCUUGUACAGGAUCUGCUCCAGACUGGGAAUGGGGAUAACGCAAAGCUCAUAUUCGCAGUAUGCAGCCGAGUCGUAAAAGGGCAAGACAUCUCGAUUUCAUCAUUUCUUUUACCGUUCGCCGUCCUGAAUCGCAUCGUUGGGGGGACUCAACCAGAGUUGCAGGUUCUCCAGCUUGAGUUGAUGAACGUUCUUUCGCACCCCCUCCCUGACACUAACAAUAGUGUCCGUGAAACUAUCAUCAGUAGUAGCCAGAGCGUUUUCGAGGUUCUGGACUAUUUGUCGAGAUGGCUUCAGGGAAAGAAAAAGCAGCUUAAUAGCCUGAAUUACCAGUCUUACCAAUCCAGCCGCUCCCACAGAGAUGCCAACCGAGAUGGACUUCUUGAAAAGUACACGUGUCAGAUCAAAUCUGUCGAAGCUGUUUUAGCUUCUAUUCCGCCAGAGGUCAUAUCCAAACGAGCCGUCGAAUGCAAGUCAUUUUCUAGGGCUUUAUUCCAUUGGGAACAGUAUAUUCGGAAAUGCCAAUCGCAGCCGGACAUGCAAGAGCGCUCCAAUACCGAGCCUCUCUAUCAACGACUACAGGAUAUAUACAGUCAAAUCGAUGAACCUGACGGCAUUGAGGGCAUUUCAAGCCACUUAUCUGCGCUCAACAUCGACCAGCAAGUUCUGGAACACCGCAAGGCGGGAAGGUGGGCUACUGCACAAAGUUGGUACGAACUUCAGCUUGAGAAAGAACCAAAUAAUGUCGAUGCUCAAUGGAACCUUGUCACUUGCCUCAAGGAAUCCGGUCAACAAGAUGCGAUUCUCACCCGUUUCGAGGUUGUCAAAGACAACGAAUCUGCAGCGUCCCGAUUUUUGCCUUUCGCAGUAGAGGCAUCGUGGAUCACGGGAAGAUGGGAUAAACUCAAGGGCUACUUGGAGUUAUCUGCGAAAAAAGGUACCGGGGACUUCAAUGCGGGCAUGGGCUCAGCUCUCAAUUUUCUUCGGCAGAACAAAGCCGAAAAAUUCAUCGAGAUCAUCAAUGGGCUCAGGCUCAACGUUGCGAAAUCAUUGACUGCUAACUCUGUAGCCUCGUUACAAACCUGUCAUGAUGAUAUGCUUCGGUUACACGCCCUGGCUGACAUAGAAUCUAUUGCGAAUGCAGGUGCUGCAGGCUCCAAUCCGAGCCUAGACAUACUAGGAGCUUUGAAUCGACGUUUGGAUGUGCUGGGUGGUUAUCUUGCGGACAAACAAUACCUUCUGGGACUGAGGCGAGCUGCCAUGGAGCUAGCAGGCAACUUUGCCAACUCCGACAUAGCAUCAGCCUGGCUCACCAGUGCUCACUUGUCGCGAAAGGGCAACUUCACCAGUCAAGCAUAUCACUCAAUGCUCAACGCGGCUCUACUAAAGGAUCGAUCGGCUACCAUUGAACAUGCCAAACUUCUCUGGAAAGAUGGGCACCAUCGCAAAGCAAUCCAAACGCUUGAGGGUGCGAUAUCAGCCAAUGAGGCUACCUCUGCAACAUCACCCUCGGCGGAUCCCGAUGCAUUAUCAUUCCUCUCCAGCCGUGGGCAGAACGCAAAUGUGACGGCGGCACGGGCUCAUCUCCUCCUGGCUAAAUGGACAGACAGAGCGGGUCAAACUCACUCUCAGGUCAUUGUUCAACGGUAUCGGGAAGCUAUCAAGCUAUACCCCAGGCGAGUCGACCUCUUCGAUCUCGGGAAAUAUCGGCUAAUUCAAGCUUUCAGAUGGGAGAAAGCACAUUACUACCUGGGAAAACAUUACAACAAGAUCCUUGACUCGGAGAAAACCAAGCCCAUGGGGAAGGAAGCUCAGAUAUACCUUAGCGGGGAAGCCACCAAGCUCGUCAUUGACAACUAUCUUCGCUCACUAACUUAUGGGAGCAAAUAUGUGUUUCAAACGCUACCCAAACUUUUGACGCUUUGGUUGGAACAUGCUUCUAUCGUCGAUCAGCCAAUUGAUCCGAAGCGAGGAGACAACGAAGACUUCCAGAGACACACCAAAGCUCAGCGACAGAAGAGCUUAGAUGAGAUGCAUGCUCAGCUGAAAAAAUACAUCUCAUCCCGCCUGCAAGCUGCUCUGCUCUUUACAAUUUUGCCCCAGGUGGUCGCUCGAAUCUGUCACACCAACAGCACGGUGUAUGACCUCUUGACGCGAAUCGUGGCUAAAGCCGUCCAUAGCUUUCCACAGCAAGGACUAUGGACAGUCCUUGCAGUAGUCAAAUCCUCCAACAAGGAUCGAGCGUCCAGGGGCUACAGCUGCCUACAAAAGAUCACGGACUACACCACUAAACACAAAUCAGAGUCAACGUCAUCCGACAUUCGCCGCAUGAUAAACCAGGGCCAAAAGUUCUCUGAAGAAUUACUUCAGCUAUGCCUCGCACGCGUUGAGGAAAGAGCCUCCCGGGUUAGCCUUGCUCGCCACCUCGGAUUUAAUCACAAAGUUGUCCCGUGUCGCCUUGUAGUACCAUUCCAAGCAAUGUUAAUUCCAAGCCUGCCGACCACCGUUCUUGACGAGGCACAGAUCUUGAACUCACUCCAAAAGCCACGCAAGAUCAGUAUUCGAGGGUCCGAUGGAAAGAUCUACAAUGCACUUUGCAAGCCCAAGGAUGACCUGCGCAAGGAUCAGCGUCUCAUGGAAUUCAACAACAUGAUCAAUCGAUUCUUGAAACGGGACGUCGAAUCAAGCAAGCGACGAAUGUACAUCAAAACCUAUGCCGUGACACCGCUCAAUGAGGAAUGUGGCUUAAUUGAGUGGGUUGACAAUCUCCGGACCUUAAGAGAGAUCAUCAUCAAAAUUCUACGCGAGCGUGGCGUUGCACCAAAUUAUACGGAAAUCAAACACUACCUGAAUGAGAUAUGCGCAGAUCGCUCAAUGUCCAAGUUGUCAUUGUUUACAACAAAGAUUCUGGCCAAGCUGCCUCCAGUUCUUCAUGAAUGGUUUAUCGAAAUGUUCCCUGAGACAGAGACCUGGUUCACGGCAAGACUACGGUAUACGAGGUCCUCUGCGGUCAUGUCAAUGGUUGGAUACGUUCUAGGGCUUGGCGAUCGACACGGAGAGAACCUUUCAUUCGAAGAAGGAACAGGAGGCAUUCUGCACGUUGAUUUUAACUGUCUGUUUGACAAAGGUCAAACGUUUGAAAAACCUGAGGUGGUUCCAUUCCGAUUAACGAACAACAUGGUUGACGCCUUUGGUGCCUAUGGAUACAAUGGGCCUUUCCGGAGAACCUGUGAGAUCACCCUCAGUCUUCUGCGGCAGAACGAGGAUGCCUUGAUGACCGUCCUCGAAACAUUCUUGCAUGACCCAACCACCGACUUCAUCGGGAAAAGACGCCGCACUCAUGUAAGUGUGCCCGACACUCCUGCCGGAGUUUUGGAAGAUGUCCGCAACAAACUUCGGGGGUUCAUGUCCAAGCAGCCAAUUCCACUUUCAGUGGACGGUCAGGUAGAUGAGCUGAUCAUGCAGGCGACCGACAAGAAGAACCUGGCGUCCAUGUAUAUCGGAUGGUGUGCCUUUUUCUGA